AUGUUCGAAAGACUCGCGGAACCAGUGGAGGUUGAAGACAUCAUAAUGGUCUUUCCCUCCAAAAUCGAUAUCCAAGGAGCCGACCUCUGGAUUGUGCGAUCUUGCCCAGAUGACAAUCCACCAUGUCCGCGAACGGAUUCCAUCAUGGUCUCCAUGGGACUAUAUUCCAGAACGGCCACACAAGGUCGGUGGUGUAUGUUCGGGCCAGAUGUAAACUAUAUCCCAGAAGAGUCCGAGGACGAAGAGGACACCGAAAAUCGAGAGAUCAAGUCACUCAAAGAUGUCCUACGCCCCUUGGCCAGAAUCUACCGUCAAUACGAUAAUAUUCGAAUUACCGUCAACCCCCAUGGAAGUGGUGUCGUGAUGGACCAGGCAUGUCCUGUCUGCAUGGGCUUUGACAUCGCCGAGGAUGAUAUGGCUUAUGUGGAGGAAUUGGGGGAACUGAAAGGUCAAGUUCGGUGCGAGACAGAUCCCAAGAAAUACGAGAAGGGCAAACAGAAGUUUCUCGACCUGGUGCGCGAGAGGUACACGAUCCAAAACAAGCGAAAGCGAGAGAUGGGCAUAAGGCUGUGGAAUCUUGAUGACCGAGUUAGACGGUACCGGCGGGGGUUCCUUGAAGAUAAGGAGGCCCCGGCUAAUUCAUCAACGGAAGAGGAAGAUGAAGACGAUGAUGAGGAUGAGGAUGACGAUGAUGACGAUGGAGAGGAUGCAGAGGAUGAAGAGGAUGGAGAGAACGAGUAG